AUGGCAUAUGAUCCCCGACCCAACUCGAGGACCUCAACGCCCCAACCUCCUCCACCACCCGGAAUGGCCCUAGAUCCAGCAGACUCGUACAAACUCAAGUUCUGCACCGUCUGUGCCUCGAACAACAACCGCUCAAUGGAAGCACACCUCCAACUUUCCGGCACCGCUUUCCCAGUCAUCUCAUUCGGCACAGGCUCGCUCGUCCGCCUCCCGGGGCCCUCAAUAUCACAACCAAAUGUCUACCAUUUCAAUUCAACCUCCUACAACCAGAUGUACGAAGAGCUGCACGGCAAAGACGAGCGCCUGUACCGCAGCAACGGCAUCCUAAACAUGCUAGACCGCAACAGGCAGCUGAAAUGGGGCCCCGAGCGCUUCCAAGAUUGGGUCCCCGGUGUGCCCCGCGUCGACAAUCUCAAUAAGGGUGAUAAGGGUGCUGUCGGGACGGAGGGUGGUGUCGUCGAUGUGAUCAUUACCUGCGAGGAGCGGUGCUGGGAUGCUGUCGUUGAUGAUCUUAUGAAUAAGGGGUCGACGCUGAAUUACCCCGUUCAUGUCUUCAAUGUUGAUAUUAAGGAUAAUCAUGAAGAGGCGUUGACUGGUGGCAAGGCGAUUCUUGAUCUGGCGAAUCGGUUGAAUGCCGCUGCUGUUGAUGAGCAUCGCGUGCAUGGUGCUGAGGGCUGGGAGAAUGGGUCUGGUGCUGCGCGUCGGAGCUUCGAUGAGAAUGUCCCCAGGAUCUUGGCUGAGUGGCAGGAGAAACAUCCUAACUUGCCGGCUUUGUGGACUAUUGCUUGGCUUUAG